AUGCUGCUUAGCCCAAAUUUGAUCCACCCGCCCAACGCAUUCCUCUGCCGCCCCGAGUCAUUGAAAAUAGCCCAACUGGGAUGGAACCCGCCCGAUCUGGCAACAUUGGGGAUUGGCGGGAGGCUCGCAAGAAGGAGGGGGAGCUCCGGAGCCAAGCCGUCGGCUAGCUUGGGUGUUGUCUUCUUCCAGUACUGUGGAGCCGAUCUUCUCGCCGUCGUCCCGUUAAGUCAACUCGUCUCAAUCAUCUCCGUCACCAUGGGCGUCGAAGGCUGUACCAAAUGUAUCAAGUACCUGCUCUUCUUCUUCAACUUCAUCUUCUGGCUUGCCGGAUGUGUGGUUCUGGGCGUGGCCCUGUGGCUCCGACACGAACCCCAGACCAGCAGCCUGCUGGAGAUCAACUUUGAAGGACAGCAGGCGCCCAGCACCUUCUACAUCAGCGUGCACAUCUUGAUUGCGGUGGGCGCAGUGAUGAUGGUCGUAGGUUUCCUCGGAUGCUACGGCGCCAUCCAAGAGUCACAAUGUCUCCUGGGAACGUUCUUUGCUUGCCUCGUCAUCCUGUUCGCCUGCGAAGUGGCCGCCGGAAUCUGGGGCUUCAUGCACAAAGACACGGUCUCCAAGGAGAUGAUCAACUUCUACGACUCCAUCUACGACAAGGCCAUGUCGGGAACGCUCACCACAGACGCCGAGAAGAAGCAGGCGGCCGCCCACGUGCUCAAAGUCUUCCAUGAGUCGCUGAGUUGCUGCGGCAAAGGUCAAGGCACGUCCAUUUUGACGCAAUUCACCGACCGGCUUGGCAUCACCGACCUCUGUCCCAGCUCCGGAACCUCGGUUAGCUGUCAUGCCCGCCUCACCGAGCUGUUUUCCGACAAGAUCUACCUGAUCGGCAUCGCCGCCCUGGUGGUGGCUGUCAUCAUGAUCUUCGAGAUGAUCUUCAGCAUGGUCCUGUGCUGCGGCAUCCGCAACAGUCCAGUCUAUUAGACGCUCCCGCCGUCCUUUUUCCCGUAUUUAGCUUGCUGGAUUGCGUCUUUUAUCCCCUAUGCUGGAGCGCGCCUAACUUGACUCCGCCCCCACGUGUAGAUAUGCUAUAUCUAAAAAACAAAAAUAGGCAAAAAAAAAAAAACUGUGUGCCCUCCUCUUUUUUUUCAUUUUGCUUUCGUUUUUUAGGUAGCGUUCUGUUUAGUGAAUGUUUUUUUUAAAUUGUUGGGCUUUUGGCUCCGAAAAUGUACACGCAUAGUGUUUUAUUCCGCUUUUUAGCGACAAUUUCAAGCCAUUCGAACCUGUUUGUUGGCAGCCCUUUCCAAUGAAAUGGUGAUAUAUCAUGAUACUGUAUAUCCCAAAAAGUUAUUGAUAUGCUCCCGCCAAGAAUCGAUCAGAAGGUGUCACUAUUUACAACAAAGAAAAAGAAACCAACACGUCUGCAUCCAAAAUUUUCCAUUAAAACAGUGUCUACGUUAGCUUACUGGCUGCCAUUGACGGCGCUAAACAUCUACUUCUUUUUGACUGGAUUGGACGUCUAGCGCCAUCAAUGGCAACUUAUGGGAGUAGUACAAACGCUUCAACUUGUUUUCUAUUUUUUUAAAAAGUAGGUGGGAAGAAAAAAUAUUCAAAUCAAACCGGUGCGACUUACACACCAGAAAAGACUUCCAAAAAAUGUAGUAAUAAUUUUUGAAAAUAUCAUGAAAACUCAAUAAAAGGUCAAAAACCGCCAAGACGAUUAAGUUUGGCGCAAAUUUUGCAACCAUGUGAUCACUUGUGUGUACAUUUUUUUGCUGCCAACAUUGACAUUUGAGGAGGGUGCUUUAGCUCAGCCGAUUGGACGUCUAUCGCCGUCGAUGGCAGCCAAUCAGUUAUUUUUCUUUCUCUCUGUUUGAUGUAUAAAUUGUGUGUAAAUACA